AUGGGAUCUCUUAAGUUAACAAGAUCUAUCUCAUUUGAUAGUACCUCAAAUUUUAAAAUUAGUGAAGAAGACCUUUCAAUGAAACAACGUGUUAUCGAAACUUCAUAUAGUGAUGUAUCAUCACUUGAAUUUAAUAAUGAUUCAGAUGAUUCAGAUGAUAGAUCAGAUUCAAAUGAAACAGAAAAUAACAAUGAUAAUGCUGAUAAUAAUAAUUCAAAGGAUUCAAACAAAGAGAAAUUCAAUGAACUUGAUGAUGAUAAAAAGAAAGCUUUAUCAAUUUCAUCAUCUACCGAUAAUUUAGAAAAUCAUUCAAUUCCAGAAAAUGGACGUGGACUACCAUCAUCCUGUAUCUUUGUUGCUAGUUUAACUGCAAGUUUAUCCGAUGAUAAAUUAUGUUUAUCAGUUAAGAAUAAAUUUAAGGAAUUUGGAGAAUUAAAUGGUGUCAAGGUAUUACGUGAUCAAGAAAAUAGACCAUAUGCAUUUGUACAAUAUAAUAAUGACCAUGAUGCAGCAAAGGCCUUAGAAAGUGCCCAUGGUACUAUUUUAGAUGGUAGGGUGAUUCGUUGUGAACCAGCGAGAGUUAAUCGUACUUUAUUUAUUACCAAUGCCAAUCCUGUUUCUUAUAUCGAUAUUAAACAACUUUGUGGCUCUUUUGGGAAAUUAGAACAAUUAGUUCCAAAUAAAGAUAAAAACCAAUUUUCCCAAAGAUAUUCUUAUCCUGUUACUAUUUCAAAUUCAUGGUUUAUUAGAUUUGUAUACAGAGAUGAUGCCAUAAGAGCGUUUGCAAAUUUGAAAAUGGAUGCUCAUUGGACUGUUCAAUGGGCACAAAAUGUUAAUGUACCAAGAAGAUUUAAUAUGUUAUUCAAAUCAGAAGACAAUAGUGAUCAAGAAAUAUCUGAUGGGAAUGGUAAUAAUAAUAAUAGAUUAUUCUCAAAGAAAGAUGAAAUCUAUGAUUCAUACUCUAAUUCAAUUGAUAACCAGAAUAGCAAUAUAACCAUUGACAAGAAAUCAAUAUUUGUUGGUCAACUUCCAAAAGAAACUACAAGUGAAAAUAUUAAAGAACAUUUCGCAAAGUAUGGUACCAUUGUGGAUGUUAAUUUAAUUCAUAAACCAACAAAUGUAUUUACUUUCAUUCAAUUCGAGACAGAAAAAGCUGCUGCUGCUGCUUUGGAGAAGGAGAAUCACUCAACUUUCUUGGACAAGACAAUUCAUGUCCAAUAUAAAGAACUUGGUGGUUACCAUGGUAAACGUGUAUUCAGAAGAAAUAGUAAUUAUAUUGGGAAUAAUCACAGAUCCAAUUAUUUUAGUGGCCCUCAAUUAAAUCUAGCCCCACCACCAAUUAGCAUGUAUAGAAGACAUUCUAGUGACAUCAACCCCGUUAUGAGUUACGGAAAUCCAAAUAUGGUUGCAGGAAACACAUCUCCAAAUGGUUCAUUACCAUACUUACAUUGUAUGCCACCAAAUAUACCUCAUAAUGGUGUUCCAAAUUUUGACGGAAAUAUUUAUCCUUAUAUUAAUGGAUCCUUACCUCAUAAUUAUAGAAGAGGUUCAAUGCCUGAUAAUUGGAUUGCACCAAGAAGAGAAUCAUUAAAUAAUGAACAUAGUACGAAUACUAUUAGAAGUAUGAGAUCCGAAAUAAAGAAACAAGAACCUGAUAAUACAGUACGGACUGCUGAUACUAUGACCGAAAUUGCAUCCGAUGUUUCAGACUCAUUGGAUAAAGGAGAAGGUACACAUGCUGCUGUUAAUUCAACCACAACAUAUAACAAUUCUUCUGCUGGUAGUAUGGUAAAUGAUUACAAGAAUCGCAUUGAAAGGAUGGGAUUGACCAAGAGUAGAAAUGGAAGUAAUGACAGUAUUGAAUACAAUGAUCCAGUUAAUCCGUAUAUGUUCCAGCACUAUUACUAUCCUCCGUUACCAUAUCAUAUGAGUGGAAACCAAAAUUCACAAGGUGCAAUACAGACUCCACCAUAUAUGAUGUAUUAUCCACUACCUCCACAAGGGAUGCCAAUGUCUGACGGUCCAUUAGUUCCAAUGAAUUUUCAAAUGAACAUGAAGGCUAAUACCUCUGGAACAGCUUCUCCUAAUGGAUUUACUCCAUACAUUCCACCCCAACCACCAAGGGAAAAAGAGUAUUUAGACUAUUAA